AAUAAUUUUUUGUUAUUUUCAGAGAAAAUGUUCCGAAUGAAUUUAAAGCUACCUUUUCUCUUGGCUUAUUUCACGGUAUCUACUGAAGUAUCUGGAGGUUAUGAGGAAUGUACUAAGGAUGGUAUACUUAUCUCUGAUAUAUUUUGUCUACCAAAAAACUACAGAAAAGACGUCCCCCCUCAUACAACUGGACCGCUAAACGUGUUUUUCAAACUUCCUGUGACAGAAAUCAGUCAGAUAGAUGACAAAAGAUCGCAAAUUACGCUGAGGCUAGCCUACAAAAUCAGAUGGCCAGAGCAUAGGAUGAUACUGAAUGACAGUGCUGACUGGAGUAGAGGAGAAAUCAACGUGAGACCAGAUCUGAUCAAACAUUUUUGGACGCCGGACAUUAUUAUACAUGACCUUAUCAGAUUUACUAAACCUGAAGUACUUAAUGAGGUGGCAGCUCUAGAGAUUGUCAGUGAUCAUUCUAUUUACUACAAAGUCAGUGUGUGCCACUCUAUGCUGUGCUACUCUAUGUUGUGCCACUCUACAGUGUACUUUGUUCAACACAAGGGGAGUGAUAUCACUAUAGUGUGCAAGGGAAUGGUGUUUCUACAGUAUCCUAUGGACAAACACAGCUGUUUCUUUAAACUUUCAAGUUAUGGAUAUGAGGAAGACAAGAUGAAACUAAGUGGAAAGUUUUCGUAUGAGCGGUAUAAUCAGCGAACUCUGAAUUUCCACGUGGAUUUUAAGGAACUAGAUCUAGAUAAACGGACAUGGCAGGGAUCUUCUAGUAAGUAAUAAUUCAAUUGAAUAAUGUGAAUAAUCUAAUUCUUUAACACAUUUUAAUA